AUCCUAACAAAAAUCACAUCAAAUCAAAAACAUAACAAAGAAAACACACAUUGAUACAAACACAUAUACACAAUGGCAGGAAUCAUGAACAAGAUUGGUGAUGCUCUUCAUAUUGGAGGAGACAAGAAAGAAGGAGAACACAAAGGAGAACAACAACAUGGACAAGGACAUGUUGGAGGAGAACAACAACAUGGCUAUGUAGGAGGAGAACAACAACAUGGCUAUGUAGGAGGAGAACAACAUCAUGGUAGUGAGUACAAAGGAGAACAACAACAUGGAUUUGUUGGAGGACAUGGUGGUGGUGAGUACAAAGGUGAACAACAUGGGUUGAUAGGAGGACAAGGUGGUGUGUACAAAGGAGAACAACUUCAUGGAGAAGAAGAACAUAAGGAGGGAUUUGUUGACAAGAUUAAGGAUAAGAUUCAUGGUGAAGGAGGUGAGAAGAAAAAGAAGGAGAAGAAGAAGAAACAUGAUGGAGAUGGUCAUGAACAUGGUCAUGAUAGCAGCAGCAGUGACAGUGAUUAGAUCUUAAUUUCAUCAUGUUGAGAGGUGUAUGGAACCAUAUGUGACGGCUGUGUCCUACUGUUUUUAGUAAUUUCUUAAUUGUUAUAAUAUCUAUGUAUGUGAGUGGGAAAAAAAAGUGUUUGUAGUUGAUAAUUCGAGUGCUUGUAAAAAUAAUAUGCGGUUAGAUUGGUUUGUGAAACCCCUACUGCUUUGUUUAAUGUUUGGCUGUAUAUUAUCUUAAAGAAAUUAUAAUUAAGGAUUUCUACUAUUAGUAA